GGGGGGGCAAGAUGGCGGCGGCAGUAGGGGUCCGCGGCCGGUGCGAGCUGCCGCCGUGCUCCGGCCCAGGCUGGCUCCUCAGCCUUUCCGCCUUGCUGAGUGUGGCGGCUCGAGGGGCCUUCGCCACCACGCACUGGGUCGUCACGGAGGACGGGAAGAUCCAGCAGCAGGUGGAUUCACCAAUGAACUUGAAGCAUCCCCAUGACUUAGUCAUAUUAAUGAGACAAGAAACAACAGUUAACUACCUCAAAGAAUUGGAGAAGCAAUUAGUUGCUCAAAAAAUUCAUAUAGAAGAGAAUGAGGACAGAGAUACAGGACUGGAACAGAGACAUAAUAAAGAAGAUCCAGACUGCAUCAAAGCCAAAGUGCCCUUAGGGGACCUGGAUCUGUAUGAUGGCACAUACAUAACUUUGGAAAGCAAAGACAUCAGCCCUGAAGAUUAUAUAGACACAGAAUCUCCUGUCCCUCCAGACCCUGAGCAACCUGAUUGUACCAAAAUUCUAGAACUUCCAUAUAGUAUACAUGCUUUUCAACACCUGCGAGGUGUACAAGAGAGAGUUAAUCUUUCUGCACCUCUAUUACCUAAAGAAGAUCCAGUCUUCACAUAUUUAUCUAAACGACUAGGAAGAAGUAUAGAUGACAUAGGUCACCUCAUUCAUGAAGGCCUGCAGAAGAAUUCUUCCUCAUGGGUACUGUAUAACAUGGCUUCAUUUUAUUGGAGAAUAAAGAAUGAGCCGUAUCAGGUAGUGGAAUGUGCCAUGCGAGCACUUCACUUCUCUUCCAGGCACAAUAAAGACAUUGCCCUGGUCAACUUGGCAAAUGUUCUGCACAGAGCGCACUUCUCUGCAGAUGCUGCUGUUGUGGUCCACGCAGCUCUGGAUGACAGUGACUUCUUCACCAGCUAUUACACUUUGGGAAAUAUAUAUGCAAUGCUGGGGGAGUAUAACCACUCAGUGCUCUGUUAUGACCAUGCUUUGCAGGCCAAACCUGGGUUUGAGCAGGCUAUAAAGAGGAAGCAUGCUGUCCUUUGUCAGCAAAAACUUGAGCAGAAAUUGGAAGCCCAACAUAGAUCCCUCCAGCGAACACUGAAUGAGUUGAAAGAAUAUCAAAAACAGCAUGACCACUACCUGAGACAGCAGGAGAUCCUAGAAAAACAUAAGCUGAUUCAGGAGGAGCAAAUCUUAAGAAAUAUCAUCCAUGAGACACAGAUGGCAAAAGAGGCACAAUUAGGAAAUCAUCAGAUAUGCCGUCUAGUCAACCAGCAGCAUAGUUUACAUUGCCAGUGGGACCAACCUGUGCGCUACCAUCGUGGAGAUAUUUUUGAAAAUGUGGACUAUGUUCAGUUUGGUGAGGAUUCAUCAACCUCCAGUAUGAUGUCUGUGAAUUUUGAUGUUCAGGCAAAUCAGAGUGAUAUCAGUGAUUUGGUCAAGUCUUCUCCCAUAGCCCAUUCCAUUCUCUGGAUCUGGGGCAGGGAUUCUGAUGCAUUUAGGGACAAACAACAUAUUCUUUGGCCUAAAAGAGCAGAUUGUGCAGAAAGCUAUCCUAGAGUCCCUCUUGGUGGGGAAUUGCCAACGUAUUUUCUGCCUCCAGAAAACAAAGGACUCAGGAUCCACGAACUCAACAGUGAUGAUUAUUCUUCAGAAGAAGAGGCCCAAACCCCUGACUGUUCCAUAACUGACUUCAGAAAAAGCCAGACUCUGUCCUACUUAGUCAAAGAAUUAGAGGUCCGCAUGGAUCUGAAAGCCAAAAUGCCAGAUGACCAUGCACGAAAAAUUUUGCUUUCCCGUAUUAAUAACUAUACUAUCCCAGAAGAAGAAAUUGGGUCAUUCUUAUUUCACGCUAUUAAUAAGCCAAAUGCCCCCGUCUGGCUGAUACUCAAUGAAGCUGGACUCUACUGGAGAGCAGUAGGAAACAGCACUUUCGCUAUUGCUUGUCUUCAGAGGGCUUUGAAUUUGGCUCCACUUCAAUACCAGGACAUUCCUCUUGUGAACUUGGCCAACCUUUUGAUUCACUAUGGUCUCCAUCUUGAUGCCACUAAGCUGCUACUUCAAGCUUUGGCCAUCAAUAGCUCUGAGCCCCUGACCUUUUUGAGCCUGGGAAAUGCUUAUCUUGCUCUGAAGAAUAUCAGUGGGGCACUUGAGGCCUUUAGACAGGCUUUGAAAUUAACUACCAAAUGCCCAGAAUGUGAAAACAGCCUGAAGUUGAUACGCUGUAUGCAGUUUUAUCCUUUUCUAUACAACAUCACCUCUUCUGUUUGCAGUGGUACAGUGGUUGAGGAGAGCAAUGGUUCUGAUGAGAUGGAGAAUUCAGAUGAAACAAAAAUGUCUGAAGAGAUACUGGCUUUGGUGGACGAAUUUCAACAGGCAUGGCCCCUGGAUGGCUUUGGGGGAGCCCUGGAGAUGAAAGGGCGGCGUCUGGACUUGCAGGGGAUACGGGUGCUGAAGAAGGGUCCCCAGGAUGGAGUGGCCAGAAGCUCUUGCUACGGAGACUGCAGAAGUGAAGAUGAUGAAGCCACAGAAUGGAUCACAUUCCAGGUCAAACGUGUAAAGAAACCCAAAGGAGAUCAUAAGAAAACUCCUGGGAAAAAGGUAGAACAGAAUCAAGCAGAAAAUGUACAGCGUUACCAAGCAAACCUGGAGAUCACUGGCCCAAAGGUGGCAUCUCCUGGGCCACAAGGAAAAAAGCGUGACUACCAGAGUCUGGGAUGGCCCAGUCCAGACGAGUGCCUCAAACUCCGCUGGGUAGAGCUGACUGCCAUCGUGAGUACCUGGCUUGCAGUUUCUUCAAAAAACAUUGACAUCACAGAACACAUCGACUUUGCCACUCCAAUACAGCAACCAGCGAUGGAGCCUCUUUGCAACGGCAAUCUCCCCACGAGCAUGCACACCCUGGACCACUUGCAUGGGGUCUCCAACCGGGCCAGCCUUCACUACACGGGUGAGAGUCAGUUAACAGAGGUACUGCAGAAUCUUGGCAAAGACCAAUAUCCACAGCAGUCACUCGAACAAAUUGGCACACGAAUUGCCAAAGUUUUGGAAAAGAACCAGACAUCCUGGGUCCUUUCCAGCAUGGCAGCCCUCUACUGGAGAGUGAAAGGCCAAGGAAAGAAGGCCAUCGACUGCCUCCGCCAGGCCCUCCACUAUGCUCCACACCAGAUGAAGGACGUGCCCCUUAUCAGCCUGGCUAACAUCCUGCACAACGCCAAGCUCUGGAACGACGCCGUCAUAGUGGCUACCAUGGCCGUAGAGAUCGCGCCACACUUUGCUGUGAACCACUUCACGCUGGGCAACGUCUACGUGGCGAUGGAGGAGUUUGAGAAAGCCCUGGUGUGGUAUGAAUCGACGCUGAAGCUGCAGCCUGAGUUCGUUCCGGCCAAGAACCGAAUCCAGACCAUCCAGUGUCACUUAAUGCUAAAGAAGGGACGGCGCUCUCCUUAGUGCACCCUCCUCUCUCUCUCUCUCUCUCUCUUUCUGUCUUUCUCGCUCAUUUCUUGCUCUUCUCAUGCUCUUAAAAAAAAAGCAUAAGAAAAGAAACCAAUCAUUGUCAGUAUCUACUUUUAAUGAUGUGUGUGAAAAUAACUGAGUAAGACUUACAGCAGGACUUUUACGUAUGUGGGAAUCAGUUUGUCUUUGUUUUUAAGUCCCCCCUUUCCCCCAGCCAACCUCGGAAACACAAAUGUCUCAAAAGGAAAAUGCAGCAGAAAGAUACCGUGUAAAUACUGAGCCAAGACGUUUCUGGAGCUGUUCUCUGUCUCCAAAACCUCGAUGCCUUUAGGGCUUUUCUCAGUGGUCCAGCCGUCGUCCGCCUCCUCCUUGUUGGCGGAGGAUGAAACCGCGUCGCACAUUUUUUGCUUCCUGUCGCAGCCUCUGUUGUCAGUGGAAACGCAGAAGCCCUUCUGGUGCCAGUGAGGAGCAACGUCAUGCGCUCUCGCUGUGAGAUCCAUAUGCCGUCCCCUGUCGCGUCCGGUCCAUGCUGCUAUGUCACAAACCCUCGGAGGUAGUUUGCAGGGGAGCAAGGGGAAAUGAGUUUUAAAAACAAAAUAUUUACAACCACAAAAACUCUUAGGAUCACCUGACCUUUGUAAUGUUAUUUAUGUUGGGGAGGGAGGGGGGCGCCAAGAAGGGGAAAGCAGCAGUGUACAACCUCUAUAUCAUUUGUACUUUAAUUACAAAUCGCAAGGAAACCAAUAAGUUGAAAUCCUAUAUAACAGGUUUAUAUAUAUAGAAUAUGUAUAUUUGAAGCCCUCUACAGACUGAGUCUAUGUUUUACUAAUUCUUCGUUCACUGUGUUACCCAUCUUGGAAUAAGGUGUGAGUGUCAGCUCCCUCUCUCUGAGGCCUUCAAAUGUAGCUCCUCGGGAGAGAGCGAUGCGCCAAGGUUGAGUGUUUCCAUGCAAUGCUUUCACCUCUGGUCCCAGGAGAAUCAGAAACUCCAGACAUUUUGGAAUCUUCAAGGGCACAUACUGAGAACAAAAAUAAAAGUUGUUUAUGAGCAAAAUA